CGUACUUAUCAUACUAUGUCGUAGUAGUACCCACCAAUGAUCCAUCAUCAAAGUCCUGGAGAUUAUUAAAAGUUUCAUUAGAAGCUUCUCUUUAUCAGACCAUCUCGCCUUUAUUCCGCCCUCAUCCACAACUUAUCAUGGAUAUCAUAGAUGUAACUAAUCCACGUCGGAUAUUAGCCGUCUCGUUGGCGGAUCCCGACUCAACACGCCAUUUAACCACAGUGAUCAAAGAUCUCACCGGCACGCUUCCGGAACAAGCUUCCACGUCACUAGCUGGCUCAUCACAUAACCUCUCCAUCAAGACAACUUACUACAAAGCCGAAGUACCCAUAUGGAUAGAUCUCAUCUCAUCACCCUCAGAAUGGUCCUCCUCAUUUCUUUCUUCAGAAGCCAAGGAGGUCCUUGAGGUGCUAGGGGGCAUCGUGCUAGUGUUUUCACUACCUAUAGAAUUUCAAUCAGAUGAGGGCAACCGAGCACGUGAACUCAUCCAACAUGUCGGCAAGGUUAUCAAGGAUGGGCUGGGCGGUUGGUCCUGGGAUGGAGUAUGUCUAUGUUUGGGGGUAGGUGAAGUCGACGAUGUGGAUGACUGGGAGGAUUGCUGUUCCGAUUCGGCUCUCGAGUUCGUCCAAGUGAGGCGUCAAAGUGUGCUAGGGCGGAAUGAAUUUGGCGAAAAAAUGGGCAUCCCUCGCGUUCUUGAGGCGUUAGAGGCAAACGAUUGGUCUCAAGCAUCACUUGACGAUCUCGGGUCAGACUUCGGGUAUUUCGAGGCCGAGCUAGGUAUCGGACAAGAUAAGGACACCGAAGAAAAGGGGCCCGAUCUUGACCCGGAAACUUUAGGCUUCGGCUUCGACCGUGAGGACUUCGCUGGUCUGAAACAGGCAAUAUUAGAGGCCGGGCAAGAACCGGAAGAAGAGUUACCAAACGGGGAAUCGAGUACCAGCACCACCAAAGUGGCCGAUGAGGAGAACCUUGGCGAUGAAGAUAUUCAACAGAUAGAGACGAUGAUAGCUAAGCUUCAAGUAGUCCGCGAAACGGCUGCUGGUCUACCAGAAGAGCAACGAAAGAGGCUAGCCGCAAAGGCAGUAGCUGAGGUAAUGAAAGACAUGCAUUAGCCUCCUAUACGCAUGGCAAACCUAGGUAAACACGAGCUAUUAUGCUAGGGAUGUAAGGGGUUGAAGCAAACGGCAGAACUAUCUGGCUAUUACGCGUUUCGCCUUGCCUUACCAUUCUCAGCACGAAUAUGGCCGUUAGCAGCCCGUGAUCACGGAGUGGAGCCGGUGUCCCGCAAUGAUUCAAAUUCCUAAUUACCUCGAGGGGCCCCAAUAUACUUCCGAUUGCAGAUAUUGGAUUCUUAAAACGAGUAUACCUUGCUGCUGGGUAGCCUCUUGCCAUUAAAGCCAGUCUAUAUUCUACUAUGGCAGCUAUCAGCCAGGGGGGUUCGACUAAGAUCACGCUUGGUGGCAUCCUUAUGACUUGUAAACACUUGUGUCUAGAACUCAAAAUUUUAUAUUUAGAACUAUCUAGAGAUAAAUAUAUAUAUCGGCAUGCCUACCCGGGUA